CCUGUGCAGAAGCCCUUCUCAGACACAGGCCACAGACACACUAUGUGCCAACGGAAGAGGAGGGCAGAGUCACAGCCACACUAAGUGCCCCUGCCAGCCUCCUGUUCUGAGCCUGGGGCCUCUCCCAGCCUACUUCUGGGUGUCCUCAGAAUCCUGCUGCUGUGAGAAUUCUGGGCUUCAUGGCCUCAUGACAACACCAAAUGAAACAGAAAGUUCCAGAAUGCGGGGUCUUGGCUCUGUGCUGGAGAGGGCUGGCUGGCACAGGGCCAGGGCUCAGGCUGCAUCUAGGCUCAUGCUCAGGGCCUGCUGGCCACAGCUGGAGAGGGCCCAACACGGAUCUCAGCAUGGGCAUGGAGCUCUACCUAGACCUGCUGUCGGCAUCCUGCCGCGCCGUCUACAUCUUUGUCAAGAAAAACAACAUCCCCUUUGACUUCCAGUUUGUGGAUCUGCUGCAAGGUCACCACCACAGCAAGGAAUAUAUGGAGAUCAACCCCCUGAAGAAGCUGCCCAGCCUCAAAGAUGGAAACUUUAUCUUAUCUGAAAGUGUGGCCAUCCUCUUGUACUUGUGCCGCAAGUACAGUGCACCCUCACACUGGUACCCACCAGACCUGCACAUGCGUGCCCGCGUGGAUGAAUUCAUGGCCUGGCAGCACACAGCCAUUCAGCUGCCCAUGAGCAAGAUACUGUGGAUCAAGCUGCUGAUCCCAAUGAUCACAGGUGAGGAGGUUCCAGCUGGGAAGACGAAGGAGAUUUUAGAUGAGGUGAAUAAAAACAUGCAGCUCUUUGAGGAGAAGUUUCUGCAGGACAAGAUGUUCAUCACCGGGGAUAACAUUUCACUGGCCGACGUGGUGGCUCUGGUGGAGAUGAUGCAGCCCAUGGCAGGCAACCACAACGUCUUCCAUAACAGCCCCAAGCUGGCUGAGUGGCGCACGAGGGUGGAGCUGACCAUUGGCUCUGGCCUCUUCCUGGAGGCUCAUGAACGGCUGAAAAAGUUGACGGAGUGGGACUGUUCAACAUUGGAUCCGACAGUCAAGGAGAGGGUCUCCAAGUUGCUGCAGAAGUUCAAGUAG